AGCCUCGCAAUGCUUCGGCGGUCGUUGGGAAAGGCCAUUACGGCGGCCCAGCGCCUGAACCAGAAAGGGAGCGCAGCUGCUGCAGCUAGGAUGUUUUCCUCUGCCAACACUCCAGUACAAUUCAGCGAAGGUCUCAAGGAUCAGGAUCGCAUCUUUCAAAACAUCUAUGGUGAACACGACACGAGCAUCAAGGGUGCGAUGAAGAGAGGUGAUUACUACAUGACCAAAGAAAUAGUGCAAAAGGGGUGGGAGUUCACCAUCAAUGAGCUCAAAGCCUCAGGAUUGCGUGGUCGUGGUGGUGCAGGCUUCCCAACAGGAUUGAAAUACUCAUUCAUGCCCAAGAAGAAAGAUGGACGACCUUCGUAUCUUGUGGUGAACGCCGAUGAGAGUGAACCCUGCACAUGCAAGGACAGAGAGAUUCUCCGGCAUGAGCCUCACAAGCUGGUGGACGGAUGUCUGGUUGUUGGUGCUGCCAUGCUCGCCAAGGCUGCUUACAUCUACAUUCGUGGAGAAUACUACGAUGAAUAUGUUGCCUUGGAGAAAGCUAUUGCCGAGGCGUAUGCAGAAGGAAAACUCGGCAAGAAUGCUUGUGGCAGUGGAUAUGACUUCGAUGUCUAUGUUCAUCGCGGUGGAGGCGCAUACAUUUGCGGCGAAGAGACUGCUAUGAUUGAAUCUUUGGAAGGCAAACAGGGCAAGCCAAGGCUCAAACCUCCUUUUCCUGCAAACGUUGGCCUGUGGGGUUGCCCCACCACCGUGACCAAUGUUGAGACCGUUGCUGUCGUUCCGACAAUCAUGAGAAGGGGUGGUAGUUGGUUUGCUUCUUUUGGGCGCGAAGGGAACAAAGGCACCAAGUUGUUCAACGUUGGAGGCAACGUAAAUAAUCCUUGCACGGUUGAGGAAGAGAUGGGUGUUCCGAUGCGUUAUCUCAUCGAAAAGCAUGGAAAAGGUGUUCGUGGUGGCUGGGACAAUCUGCAGGCUGUAAUUCCUGGAGGAGUUUCGGUUCCCAUGAUCACAAAGAGCAUGGCGGCAGAAGCAAUCAUGGACUUUGAUGGUCUGCGGAAGUAUAAAUCGGCACUCGGAACUGGCUCUAUGACGGUGCUCGAUAAUUCCCAGGAUAUCAUCAAAGCAGUCGCCCGUAUUUCCUCGUUCUUUAAGCACGAGAGUUGUGGACAAUGUACCCCGUGCAGAGAGGGUUGCAUGUGGAUGUACAACAUCCUUCAGAGAUUUACCAUAGGCAAUGCAUCAAUUGGUGAGAUUGACAUGCUCGACGAGAUUUCUCGUCAGAUUGAAGGUCAUACCAUUUGUGCCCUUGGAGAUGCGGCAGCUUGGCCUGUUCAGGGACUCAUCAGAAAUUUCCGACCGCUUAUUGAAGAGCGUAUCAACCAAUACAAAGCAUCAGGAACCCUGUAAGCAUAAGAUUGAUGGAUAACCACAUGGUUCCAAGGCUCCCAGAGUGACUUUGGAGGUUGUGAUAUAUUAACUUUCGAAGUGUUCGAUCUCGAGUCAGCCUACAGUGCCUGGUUUAUGAUGGAAUGAUAGUAAACUCUUCGUAGUGAAA